GGUUAAUGAAUUUAGUAUUUUCACUCGCCUUUCACUUGUUUCGGUAAUUACAAGUUUUAGCGUAGUGAAUUUUGGCCCGUAGUACUCGCCGUAUUUUCAAAUACUUCCAAGGACUGUUAUCAGAGACUUUUUUCGAAAUGUGCACCUGAAUAUCCGUGUGCAAUGUUGAACUCGCCAAACCUCGUACGAGGAUGGAACGUACAAGGAAUGAAGCGGAUGUUCUGGUCCAUGCCCGACAUGAGACGAAUACUCACUGUAUUUGUGUCCGACAUUAGCAAAGCUCAGUGGAAAAUCUUAGGAACUGGGAGCUAUUUCUCCACAAAUUGCUCGCUCUGCGCCAAGACUCGGGGAAUUCAGAAGAAGAGAGACCUUUCAGAGAAGAAAUUGACUCGCUACUUUGUUGAUCAGCGCAGAGUGAAGCUGGUUGCUGGCACAGGUGGCAAGGGUGCCUGUACAUUCCACAGUGAACCCAGGAAAGAAUGGGGAGGGCCAGAUGGAGGGAAUGGAGGCGAUGGAGGAAAUAUAGUUAUAAAAGUUGACCGACAAGUGAAAUCGCUGUCAUUGCUCACCUCUGUUUACCGCGGGGGAGAUGGAGAACGAGGGGGCAACAAAAACUGCUACGGCCACAACGCACCCGCUACCUACAUCCGAGUGCCUGUCGGUACAGUCCUUAAGGAGAAUGGAAAAACAGUUGCCGAGCUGACCCGUCACAACGAGGAGUAUGUCGCAGUGUACGGUGGAGCUGGGGGCAAGGGGAACCGGUUUUUCCUGUCCAAUGAGAACCGUGCACCAUCCCAGACCAGCCCAGCAGAAGAAGGGCAGGAGCGGAUUUUGCAUUUGGAGCUGCGUACCAUGGCACAUGCUGGACUGGUCGGAUUUCCGAAUGCAGGAAAAUCCUCGCUGUUACGGGCCAUUUCAAAUGCAAGGCCAGCUGUGGCGGCUUAUCCCUUCACCACACUUAACCCCCACGUCGGCGUUGUGCAAUACCGGGACCAUGUGCAAGUGGCAGUGGCAGACAUCCCAGGGAUCAUCAGGGGAGCGCACAUGAAUCGCGGCCUGGGGAUCUCCUUCCUGCGGCACAUUGAGCGCUGCCGCUUCCUGCUGUUUGUGCUGGACCUGUCGGGCCCGGAGCCCUGGGCCCAGCUGGAGCACCUGCGCUUCGAGCUGGAGCAGUACCGGCCCGAGCUGGGCCGCCGGCCGCAGGCCAUCGUGGCCAACAAGAUGGACCUCCCCGAGGCCCAGGACAACCUGGCCGCCCUCCGGGCUCACGUGGCCCAGCGGGUCAUCCCCGUGUCAGCGCUCACCGGGCAGAACGUGGAGGAGCUCAUCCUACACCUGCGGCAGCUGUACGACGCAGAGGAGGGGGAGGGCAUCAGGCUGUGAGAACAGCAGGAAUUACCUGCUGUUGUAUCGCUCCUUCCUGUUUGGGGCUAUACGUUCAUCUUUAAAGAAGUAUUUUGAGUGUGUAAUUAUGUAAUGUAAUUGAAACAAAAACGGACAAUGCAGUCAAAGCUAUGAUAUUUUUUAAUAGAUUCUGGUGAUUUGUAUUUAUAUAGACAUCUGCUCAGUCACAGUGUGUGUACCCAUGCGUUUUGUAAAUUAAUAAAUGGGUAUACUGUG